CACAGGUUUUCGCCCGCGCGUCCCGAAUCCAUCCAAUAAGCACAUGCUGACGUAUCGUACGUAUAAAAGUACCGAGUGACGUAUUAAGGACUUUAGUCACAGGCGCCAUCUUGUCACCGAGGCGGAGAGAACGAGGACGUGAAACGACAACGCGCCCUAGAAAAUAACAGAAAACAACUAAAACGACACCAAAAGCUCCAGUUAGGUGGAGCUUUUCGAUCGGAGUCGAAACCGGAUGAGUUCAAAGACUGUUUGCUGGUCGGCGGUUGUGCUACCGGGGAGACCGCUGUAGUUUACAGCCGGGGGUUUUGGGCUCAAAGAUGGAGGAGAGCGCAGCGAGGAAGGAGGCCUGCCGGGAGUAUCAGUCCUCCUUGGAAGACCUGACGUUCAACAGCAAACCGCACAUCAACAUGCUCACCAUCCUGGCCGAGGAGAACCUGACCUUCGCCAAGGAUAUCGUGGCAAUUAUUGAAGCACAAAUAAGCAAGGCCCCACCUCAAGAGAAGCUUCCAGUUUUGUACUUAGUGGAUUCCAUAGUGAAGAAUGUUGGAGGAGAGUACCUUGCUGUGUUUGCUAAAAACCUAAUCACUUCAUUUAUUUGUGUCUUUGAAAAGGUGGAUGAAAACACCAGAAAGAGUUUGUUCAAGUUACGCUCCACGUGGGAUGAAGUUUUCCCACUGAAGAAGUUGUACGCGCUGGACGUCAAGGUCAACUCUGUGGACCCGGCCUGGCCAAUCAAGCCGCUGCCGCCGACCGUCAACGCCAGCAUCCACGUCAACCCAAAGUUUUUAAAGCAGUCUGAGGAAGCUCCGUCUCCCCAGCCAGCUCCCUCCCAGCCUCCUGCCGUGGUAACACCCCCACCCGUUGCCCAGCCGGUCCCUGCUGUGAGUCAGUCCAGCCUGACCCAGGAGCAGCAGAUCCGACAGCAGCUUCUGGCCAAACAGAAACAGCUCCUGGAGCUCCAACAGAAGAAGAUUGAACUGGAGCUGGAGCAGACCAAAGCACAGCUGGCCGGUGGGUUUGUUUUACCAACGGUCGCUCCAACCUCUGGUCCAGUUGCACCGACCACCACCAUAAAGCCCACCGUCAGUCAGCCUGCCCCUGUGGUCCGGCCCUGGAUCCCUCCGCAGAAUCAACCUGACCCAAAACCUCUGACCAGGGACCCUCGUCUAAACCGCUCUGCCCAGCCUGCUGCCCCCCAGGUCAAAGAGCAGCCUACUCUGAAAAAAGACACACCUGCGGUGACAGGAAGUCCCGCCCUGACACCAGAGAAACGCCCGCUGGAGAAGUCCACUCGUCUGGACAGAUCCAAAACCCAGAAGAAAGAGUCAGUGGAGGACAAGCCCAAAUCCAAGUCUCUUUCUCCAACUGCCAAACUGGUCCAAAGCAAAAGUAAACCGUCGGAGACGGAGAAGUCUUCUGAUGACUCCAAGAAAGAUCACAGGCCCAAGAAACGGCCGCAGGACAAGACCGCAGAGGCCAAGGAGGACGAGCAGAAGGAGAAGAGGAGGUGCAGUGACAAGAAGGACAGGGAGGAGGUGUCGUCAGCACAGGAUCUUCAGAAGUCUGGUAAAGGCAAAAUGAUGAACGGUUUGACCGCAAAGCGUGACCUCGACGAUUCUGCCGACAAGUCGGACUUCAAGAGUGGAGGCAGUGCACGAACACAUUCCAGAAAACGCACGCGCUCACGGUCCCGCUCACGCUCGCCCAACUCUUCACCGAAGCGGAAGGAAAGACGCUCACCCAAGGGUAGAACCCGAAGCAGCUCGCCAUCGCCUCACAAGAGCGGGAAACCAAGGAGGCCGCGGGCAGACGAACAUGGUAAGACGGGCCGAGAUGACCGUCUCCUACUCAGAAAGACCCAGUCGGACAACAGGAAGUCCAAGAGUCGCUCAGAGACCAGGGACUCUCACUCACCACUCAGUGCCAAGGAGACCAAGGACGGCACACAUCGAUGGAGGAGCGGCUGGGAGGACAACAAACACACCUCCAAGUCGUCAGAGGACACGCACCUGAAACCUGGCCCUCAGAGACACAAACCGUACAGCGCCCCAAGCCGACCAUCCACCCCCCGUACUCCAAAACAUCGGCUCAGCGUUGACGCCAACCUGCAGAUCCCAGACGUCCUCAACUCUGCCUCCAAGAAGGAUCUGCUCAGAAAAGCCAGCAAGCGUCUGGAGAGCGGUGAGAUCUCCCAGGAGGACUUCCUCAGCGUGGUGCACCGGAUCAAACACUUCUUUCAGUAUCAGGAGGAGAAGCAGCAGCGCUCCGAGAGCUGGGAUGACUCUGCCGAUGACUUGGCCUCCAACAAUCAGUCUCCUCAGACGGAUCCACCCUCCUCCAAGUCCCGCCCCCGCGAGGCCAUGGACCCAGCAGAGCUUUCUUACUAUGAACACAAGUCUAAGCUGAGGAAAACGCAGGUGGCCCACCGAGUGGCCAAGCAGGAGUGGGAGGGUGAGGACAAGCCGGAGGACGGCGAGAGAGAAGCGCCGGAGGAGAAGACGGGCAGCGGCCGCACCCCGAGCCACCCCCCACCUCACAAAUACAGACCAGAUGAGCGACGCAGUAAAGAGCGGGAGGAUCCGCGACCUCCAACUGGUCCAAUGAUUGAGGAGUACAACCACGGAAAAGAGUUCCCCUCACUGAAGUCCCUGCAGGGUCUGCGCUUCAUCCGAAAAGUCGACCCCAGAGAGUCCAGUGAGAGAGAGUGGAACUCCCCACUGACUGAACGUCAGCGCGACGAGCAGAAAAGCGGUUAUGAUGCUCCGCGCCGGUACCCCGUCGACGCCAGACAAUCAGAUCCUCGGAGACCUGAAAUUGCCCUCCCCCAUGGGACCGUGGUCCACAGGAACUGUCCAAGUCCAGGCAGCGUGGAUCAACCUGUGCCGCGGUUCGAGCGUGAACGUCUCUCGCCCAUCCACCAGAAGGAUUCGACAGAGAUGAGCCCCAUCCCUCGGUUUGAGAGUCCCAACAGUGAACACUCUGACGACGCCCCCCUCAGUCUGGACGCCCCAGCUCCACACCCCCACCUUCCACCCAAGUCCAUCCUGAAGAGGGGAGGUCCUCUGUCCGCCGUACGACAGCACAGUAACUCCCCGGGACACACGCCGCCUCAUGAACCUGGACCCCCCCUACAGCGCUUUGAUGGACCUGAUCCCAUGGUCCCACCUAGACCCCACCCUCCUGGCUGGUAUGAAGACGGGCCUCACCUCCAGGGGCCUGGCAGGUUUGAUGGAGGCAGACCGCCUCUCCACAACGUCCUGGAGCGGUUUGACGGACCGGACGGCCCACACAUGCCUCACGGCCUGGUGAGGGGCGGGGAUGGUAUGGGCAGGUUUGACGGACACCCUCCCCCUCAGGGCCCCGGGAGGUUUGAGGGUCCUAUGGGCCAACAGCCCCCGGUACGGUUCGCCAACCAGGGGCCGGGACCCAGCCAUUUUGAUCCACAACACUGUUUUGAAAACAGCCUGGCCCCCGGUCCUGGACCUCUGGGCUUCCAACAGCAGCGGCCUGUGCGCUUUGAUGGCCCCCCCAACCAGUUGGGCCCGAUGAGGUUCGAAGGCCCCAGUCGAUUUGACGGUCCAGCCCCCAGGUUCGACUCUCACUUUGAGGGGCAGCAGGGCCCCCCCAGGUUCCCUCCCCAACACAACAUGCAGCCCCCCAUGAGGCCGAUGGGCCAGCCCGUUUAUGAUAACCAGAUGGUGCCGCAGCAGAACUUCAACAUGGGCCCACAGCGUUUCCCAGAACCCAUGAACCCCACCUUCCCCACGGGACCAAUGACGUUCCCAGCACAGCCCAGUCUGCAGCAGGGGAACUUCAACAUGCAGCCGGCAGCCGCCUUCAACCAGUCGGGCCCCGUCCCUUUCUACAACACCGCUGCCCCCAGUGUUGGCAUGCAGCAGCCGGUGAACCUGAUGGGGAACAUGAACCAACCCUUCCUGCCUCAGAACACUGCCCCUUUCAGACCCCAGGUACCACAGGUGGGGGUGCCUCCAGAAAACCACUUUGGUCAGGUGGACGUCAACGAUCUUCUCUCCAAACUCAUCUCCAACGGCAUCAUCAAACCCUCGCAGCCUGAAGCCGUCGUGCCCGUGGGCAUCGAACCCACGGCUGCAGCUCCUGCUGCUGCACCAGCGGUCGAGGAGGAGGAAGAGGAGGACCAGGAGGAGGAGGAGGAAGAUGUGCCUGACCUCACCAACUUCACUCUGGACGAGCUCAAACAGCGCCAUGAGAGCGUGGUGACCAAACUGUACUCAGGAAAUCAGUGCUGUCUGUGCAGCAUGAGGUUCACUGCAGCGCAGACUGACAUGUACGCCGACCACCUGGACUGGCACUUCAGACAGAACCACGCUGGGAAGGUGGCCAGCAAGAAAAUCACACACCGCCGCUGGUACUACACCCUGACGGACUGGAUUGAGUUUGAGGAGAUCGCUGACCUGGAGGAGCGAGCAAAGAGUCACUUCUUUGAGAAGGAGAACGAGGAGGAGGUGCAGAAAAACCAGGCGGCAGCGAAGGAGAAAGAGUUCCAGAGCGUCAGAGCCGCCAAGGACCAAGUAGGAGAGUUGUGUGAAAUCUGUCAGGAGCCGUUUGAGACGUACUGGGUGGAGGAGGAGGAGGACUGGUUCCUGAAGGACGCCGUCAGAGUGGACGACAAGAACUUCCAUCCUUCCUGUUUUGAGGAUUAUAAAAACACGUCGUACGUCGACGUGACGCCUUCACCCAAAAAGCUUCUGACUGACCACCCACUCAGCGCCUUUGUAAAGAUGGAGGAGGAGGAGAGCGCGUGCACUUCCUGCUCCGCCCCUGACACUGACUCGGUCAAACAGGAAGUGGCUGCGGAAACUGCUGAGGUUCCUUUUGUCAAGGAAGAGGAGGAGGUUUUAACAGAAGUGCAAUCUGAGAACACAGCGUAACCCCGCCUCCUCCACUGCUGCUGCUGAAGCUCCGCCCACUGCCACCUGUCCUGAUUUUUGGAGGGAUGUUUUAGAGCGUGGGUGAAGCCUGGAGUAACUUAGCGUCAAUACAUUUUUGUAUUUGGAUUGUUGCGUGACCAUUUCAGGUCGAGAACUGUGUGUGAACUGAAGCUGUAAAUGAUUUAAUUUAUAAAUUAAAGUAUUUUUGGUAAAUUUCUGGUCUAACAGUGGUUUUACGUUGAAGUAAGGUUUUAUGGAGGGCUGGAGUUUCUGGCUGUGUUCAAGGUAAGCAUCACAUGUUCAGACAGCUGGAGACUCCGCCCACUUGGUCCCAUUGGUUCCCACUGAGGUUUUGCAGUCAUUUGUUUUUCUUAGUUUUCAAUAAAAAUAUAAUAAAAGUGUUUUGUCUGGAUGACGACUUCAUUUCUAAUAAAAACUGGUUUAAACUGAAAA